UAAACAACACACUUGAGUCUUCAGGAAAUUGUCUGACUCGUUCUUGUUUUUGGCGAUGGCAAUGUCUAUUCUACAGCUAAGAAAUGUAUCGGCUUUAAGAUCGGCCGCAAAUAAAGCCCGGAUCGGAGUUUCCUCGAGGGGUUUCUCAAAGCUCGCGGAGGGCACUGACAUAACCUCGGCGGCGGCUGGUGUUUCUCUCCAGAAAGCUCGCAGCUGGGACGAAGGCGUUUCCUCCAAAUUCUCCACCACACCAUUGUCAGAUAUCUUCAAGGGGAAGAAAGUCGUCAUCUUUGGACUCCCUGGGGCUUACACGGGAGUUUGUUCACAGCAGCAUGUCCCUAGCUACAAGAGCCACAUUGAUAAGUUUAAAUCCAAAGGCAUUGAUUCUGUCAUAUGUGUAUCUGUUAAUGAUCCCUAUGCUAUCAAUGGUUGGGCAGAGAAGCUUGGUGCCAAAGAUGCAAUUGAGUUUUAUGGGGAUUUUGAUGGGAAGUUCCACAAAAGCUUGGGGCUAGACAAGGAUCUCUCUGCCGCAUUGCUCGGGCCUCGGUCUGAGAGAUGGUCGGCUUAUGUAGAAGACGGUAAAGUUAAGGCGGUGAACGUCGAAGAAGCACCAUCUGACUUUAAGGUUUCGGGGGCAGAAGUCAUCUUAGGACAGAUCUAAGAAGUAAUAUCCAGAGUUGUUGUUUCUUCUGAGUUCCGUUUCUUCCUAGUUGCAACUGAAAAUAAGUUUGAUCCGAACAUGUCUCAAGGAUCACACCCAAGUAACAGCUUCAGUUUAUUUUUAUUUUUUCCACAUUUUCGGUUUAAUAAAAAUUAUGCCUUCUCGUCA